UAUUUGUUGAUAAAAAUUUAUUUAAGUUAUCAACGUCUUAAGUAUUGAUCGAUUGAGCAAAAGACUGUACGACAACGUCUUAAAAAAACAAAAUAUAAGAGCUGGCGCGAGCUUCUAACGCCAACCUACAUUUCUUGCUUACAACGCUGAUUGGUUGGAUAAGGAUCAGCCCACUCUGGUUGAUGGUGUGUCCCUCAACCUUCACUUUAAAAAGAAGUGCACAACACCAGAAUCUUCAGAGUGGACCAGAAUCGGAGUGGACCAACGGAGUAAAAGACAUAUGAAACGUCGAGGAAGCUUAAUAAAACAAAACAGACAGAGAAAACACGAGAGUCACUUUAAAUUAGAUUAGUUUAAUUUUCCUCCCACACAUUUAAUCCCACAGGGCAAUAUAAGUCAUUAACUUUUCAAUUUUCAAAAAUUUCCGUCAUUUCAAUCAGUCAAAUUUUUACAAGCAGGUCUAAAUUUCCCGCAUCACACCAUAGGGAAUUCCUAUUGGCAGACUUAAGGUCACGUGUUACUUUAAAUACCAUAUAUGGUAUUCCCAGUGGUAACAUUACCGUGAGAGAAUAGAAUGGCUCCCAGGCCUUUUGCAAAUACUCCAAUUUUUCGGCGAAUAUCGAUUGAAAACAUACUGGGAAAUAAACUAAGUAUUAAAAGGCAGUAAGGCACAAGGCGAAAUAAUGUGUUUUUAGUAUAUACAAAUGGCCGAGUCAACUGAAUUUCGCUGCGAUUACUGUAAUUUUGUAUGUUGCAGCGGACAAAGUAAGCUUUUUUUUGAUCACUUGGUUAGAAUACACUCAAACGAGCCGAAUUUCAAGAUAUUUUGUAACAGCUGUCCACGGUCGUUUACAAAGAUAAACAGUCUCCAAAAACAUUAUUACAGACAGCAUAAGGCUUUAACAGUGGAAGAAGACUUAAAUGAUGGGGAAAAUGAGAACCAUUUUCAGGAGAUGUUUGACGAGGGAGAAGCACGAAGUCUAAUGCAACGCCAUGCUGCCAAAUUCCUUUUAUGUUCCAAAACAAGAGGUAUGCUCACCCAGAGUGCCGUGGACUUGGUCAAAGAUUCAGCGAAAAAUCUACUAACUGAGUAUUUGGACAUAGUCAAAAAAUCGCUUGCCGAAAAGAUAAACAGUAAUCCUGGUCAAGAAUUGCAAUUUGACCAAGAUGUGGAAAAGUUAUUUUCAGCAGAGAGUGUCUUCGACGGAGUUGAUUCAGAAUACCAACAAAGAUCAUAUUUUAAGCGUCAUUUCAAUUUGGUGGAACCAAUAGAAGUUGAGAUGGGAAAACAGUGGAGAAGUGAUUUUCGACAAGGGAGAAAAAUACUUAAACGUGUCACAGUUUUUGGUUAUCAAGUUCCAUUAUUAAAGACUUUGGAGGCACUUCUUCAAAACCCAGAUGUUUUAAAGGAAGUUGAAAAUCCACAUUUUUCAUGUGAUGGUGUUCUUCGAGAUGUAAUGGAUGGGGAUUUUUUCAAGAGUCAUCCAGUAUUCUCCCUCCACAGUGAUGCCCUGCAGCUGUUGGGCUAUUAUGAUGAUCUAGAAAUAGCCAAUCCUUUAGGUUCAAAAGCAAAGAUUCAUAAAAUUGGUGUCUUUUACUUUGUGCUGGGCAAUAUAAGGCCAAUGUUUAGAUCAAGCAUCCGCAGUAUACAACUUAUAGCUAUUGCUAAAACAAAAGACAUCAAGUCAUUUGGGAUCGAUAAUCUUUUGAUGCCAUUCAUUGAGGAUGUCAAUUGUUUGGCGAAGGCUAAUGGUCACUGUUUUACCAUAAAUGGUGUUGCCCGUGUGUUUCGAGGUGAUCUGUUAUUGUGGACUGGAGAUACACUUGGUAGCAACUAUGUCAGUGGUUUCAAGGAAGGUGUUGGAGGAGCAUUGCGAAUUUGUAGGCAUUGUAUGGGAACAAGACUGGAGACCAACAAUAAGUUUUUAUCUGAAGACUUUUCAGAAAGAGAUUUGGAUAAUCACAGACAAAUAUGUGCAUGUAUUGAAGAUGAAGAUAAUGCAUUAAACAUCCGUGAACAACUUUCCACAACCUAUGGGGUAAACAGAUUAAGUGUGUUGGAUAAGGUGCAACAUUUUGAUGUUUGCAUUUGCAUGCCUGAAGAUAUAAUGCAUAUAUUGUUGGAAGGCUUGGUACCCUAUGAAACAAAGUUGAUGCUGAAGUAUCUGAUUGAUGAAGCAGAUGUAUCACACUCAAAGAAAGAGUUAAAUCGGAGGAUUGAAAACUUUGAUUAUGGAUACAUGAACAAAAAGAAUAAGCUAACUGCAAUUACCAGGGAAACAAUCAAUGGUGUCACUGAAGCUAAGCUUAAACAAUCAGCAUCUCAAAUGUGGUGUUUAUUCAGGUUCUUGCCAAUCAUGAUUGGUGAUAAAGUGGAUGAGCAACUGGAAAACUGGCAUUGUUUGCUGAAACUUUGGAAUAUUGUUCAAAUUUGUACUUCUCCAGGAAUAACAAAGGCUGAUGCUGCCUAUUUGAAAGUUAUGAUUAAUGAUCAUCACAAAAUGUUCAAAAAUCUCUACCCUAAUGCAUCCAUAAUUCCAAAAAUGCAUUAUCUUAUACAUAUACCUGAUGAAAUUGUUAGGUUUGGGCCACCUAGAAAUAUCUGGACCAUGAGAUUUGAGGCUAAACACAGUUUCCUGAAAAGUUCAAUUACCAAGAACUUUAAAAAUGUCCCCAAAUCACUUGCAUUUUCCCAUCAAAGGAACAUGUGCUGGAACCUUUUGAGUUCUCCCAAGCAGCCCUUGACUAAUUACCUGUAUAGUGGUGAUGUUGUUGGAUUAGGCGAUCACAAUGUUGAUUUGCACAGCCAUCCAUAUUUUGGCAUGAUAGCUCAAGCUGCUAGUGUUGAUCAACUGGCACAGCCAUGUAAAGGAAGCAGGCAUGUUAGGCAUGUGGAGAUUCAUGGCAUAAUUUACAAGCCAGGAUGUGCUCUGCGACUGCAGGAAAUGGAUGAGAUUGGUGAGAGAGAUUAUCCGGUUUAUGGUGAAGUGGAAGAAAUCGUUGUUUGGGAAGAUAGAAAAUUUUUUGUUGUUCGAGUUUUGGAGACAUCUGCUUUCCACAGACAUUUUAUGUGCUACCAAGUUCAUAAAACUAAUGAAAGGCUUGUUGUAGUAAUUCAAAACUUACCCUUGCAUGGGGUUUUGCAUAUUAUUAAAUCUAAUGGAAAAUUUUAUAUAGUUGAAAAAGAUAGUUCAAAUGUAGAAGACUUUGUGAUUAAUUGUGAAUAAAAUAUUGCCACUGUAUGGUAACCAAAAAGGUAAAGCUGUUUCA